AUGGCAUCAGAUCUUAUUACGUGCAGAAACACCGAUCCUCAUGAGCAUGACGAUGACAGCUCCGAUGUUGAAUAUGGAUCCAUUGCUGGCCCAGCAAAUACAAAUGGAGCCAACCUGGAAAAGCAAAGCACAGCAGCGUCUGCGCUGUCGUCGAUGGAACAGCGAGCGCAGUCGGUAGUCUCGAGGAUACGGAGUCGAGAACCGGGUCAGACAGCGCGCUUUACGCACCCGUUAUCCCAUACGAAGACAGGACCUGAUGUCAUUGUUGAUUUCGAUGGGCCCGAUGAUCCGUAUAGACCGUUGAAUUGGGGGUUUAGAAAGAAGGCAAUGACCACGUUACUGUACGGGUUAACAACAAUGGGUGCUACUUGGUCUAGUUCGGUCUACUCUCCCGGCAUUCGUCAGAUAGCAGGCCAAUUCCAUGUUGGGGAGGAGGUCAGUACGCUUGGAUUGACCCUGCUAAUGUUUGGUUUCGGACUGGGCCCUCUCAUCUGGGCUCCAUUAUCUGAACUUUAUGGCCGCAAACCUGCCGUGCUUGCCCCGUAUUUCAUCGCGGCAAUAUUCUCGUUUGGAACCGCCGCUGCCAAAGACGUCCAGACUAUUAUGCUCACUCGAUUCUUUACCGGCCUGUUCAGCUCAGCUCCGAUUACAAAUACUGGUGGUGUGUUGAGUGAUAUCUGGUCUGCGGAGGAGCGAGGUGCUGCGAUGGUUGGAUAUGCCAUGGCAGUGGUGGGUGGUCCUGUUCUGGGACCUAUUGUUGGUGGAGCCAUUGUUCAGAGCUAUCUGAGAUGGAGGUGGACGGAAUAUAUUACCGGGAUAAUGCAGAUGCUGUUCUUCACCCUCGACGUUAUCUUCCUCGAUGAAAGCUAUCCGCCUGUUCUCUUGGUGUACAAGGCGCAAAAAUUACGCCACGAGACGGGAAACUGGGCAUUGCAUGCCCGACAUGAGGAAUGGGACGCCAGCUUCAAGGAAAUGGGCAACAAAUAUCUCGUCCGUCCGUUUCAGCUGCUUGCGACACCGAUCUGCUUUACCGUCGCCCUCUACGCGUCCUUCGUGUACGGUAUCCUAUAUCUCAAUCUUGCCUCUUUCCCCAUCGAGUUCGAAGAAGAGCGAGGCUGGAAUCUGCUUGUGGGGGCGUUGCCCUUCUUGGCCCUGCUCGUCGGUAUCUUCAUUGGCGCCGCAUUGAACGUAUUGAACCAGAGAUUCUACAUCAAGCGCUUCAAAGCGAACCGCAACCGACCCGUUCCUGAAGCCCGCCUGCCUCCAAUGAUGUUCGGCUCCAUUUUCUUCGCAGCUGGUUUGUUCAUCUUUGGAUGGACAUCCUCCAAGAAGAUCUUCUGGAUUGGCCCAGUGAUUGGCGCAGCAUGCAUGGGUCUAGGCUUCUUCACGAUCUUCCAAGCAGCGCUCAACUAUCUCAUUGACACCUUCCAAAAGACCUCCGCCAGUGCAGUCGCAGCAAACACAUUCCUUCGAAGUGUCUUCGCAGGUUGUUUCCCACUAUUCGCGAACGCAAUGUUCCAUAACCUUGGCAUCGACUGGGCAUCCAGCGUGCUCGGGUUUAUCGCUGUAGGUCUGAUUCCAAUUCCUUACUUAUUCUACAUCUUCGGAAAACGCAUCAGGGCUAGGGGCAAGUGGUCCCGAGCGUCGGUGUAUAAUGACUAG